UAUCUUGGACGCACUACAUCACACCAACACGUGCAGAGACACUGCGUGCUCACUGCACUGCAGACACACAUACAUGGUUGGGGAUCUGCUGUGGACUCACACGCUAUUGAAUCGUGCAAGAGCGCAAAACAUUCACGAUCAGUCGAAUGCUCAUGAGUUCGUCGACGCAGAGACACAGCAACGAAAGCGACAGAGGCUCAUUCUGCUUUCUAGAUCGAUGCAAUCCAUCUGUCUGUCCAGCAAUGCUCAGACUGCGGUAUACACACACAUUUCUCAUUCCUUUCCUCCUGCCUCUCUCUCGGGACUGCCCAUUGUCGAUUCCAUCGUACCGCUCUCGUCCUCACGGACGCCGUCCACCAUGCCUGUCUCCUCUCCAGGUCGCACACUCGGGGCUUCACCUUUAUCGCCUGGCUGCUGCUGCUUUUGCGCUUGCGCAUCUGGGGCAGGUGAGACGGACACGGAAGUCUGUGUGGUGGGAGGGGGAGGGAGGCGGGGGGCGGCUGGGGACUGGGCGACGACCUUGAUGACGUGUGUGGGCGGGACUUGAAGCUCCUCGUUGACCCUCGACUGCAGAUACUGAUCCAUCAGCUGCUUGAGCUCUUCGUUCUGCUUCUGCAGAAAGACAGCUGAAUCGAUGGCCUUUGACCUGAGAAACGCAAAGAGGGGAAAGAGUGCCUGAUGGCAUCAGUCACACAUUCACCCCUUUAUGCGAUCACCUGCUGCACAGGAGUUGAUAAUAUUUCAGCAGGAAGCCAUCGUGGGCCUGAGGACCACAUGCACAUCCAAUCCACACACCUGUGUAUAGAGAAAGGGUGGUUCAGUAAGCUGGCCGACCUUCCACACACGUGUGUUCAUUUCAGGCAGUGCGUGGCUCAGCCUCUCCCAAAACUUCCUCUCCUCUCUACCAAAAAAAGUGAGAGAUGGUCAAUUGAUUUCGGUCCACACCAUUGGGUGUCUCGGCUCACCUUCUCCUCCUUGCCUUCUUGUCUGAUUCAGACUCAGUGCCGACCUGAAAUAGACAAACAGCGUUGACAUGCAUACAAAGACAGACCGAGGCCCUCACUCCAUCUACCUUACCUGUGCCCCCUUUCUUCUCUUCUUGCCUCCCCCCGGUGCCACGUCGGCGAUCUUGAGGUUCUCCUUCUCGUGCAGAAAGUCCUUCAGGAGCCGCAAGACGUCGUCAGCAUCAACAUAGAGCGUCUCGUCGUCCUCGUCCUGGCCUGCAGAUGAACACACAUAUAGGCAUGUGCGGAGACACAAGACACAGGACGACUGAUAGUGCUUUACCUUGGAAGAAGAGGGACACAAGCAGAUCAACGUCUUCUUGGCCCUCCACGCCCAAGUACUUGAGCACGGCGUCAACCUGCACCACGCUCUGCUGGUCAGGGGGCAGGUCCAAGAGUUUGUCCUUGACCUGCAAUCAACACAGAGGCCUCCAAUUAUGGAGCCAAAGUGAAUCCUGGAGGCACUUUCUGACUUUCUGGUCGAGCAGGAACUGCGUUUCUCCCAGCAAGAGGUCAAGCACCUUUUUAACCUUGGUGGGAGCAUAGCGACCUGGCGAAAAACACCGGGACACACCUGUUAGUCCAUGCCUGCGCCGUCAUCCAUACUUUUUGUUCCUCCCGAUUCGUCGGACACUUUGGUAGUGGAUUUGCCGGUCGCGGUGCCCGACUCGCUGUACACCUCCACCUCGCUCAUGAGGGCCUCCUCGCGAGGAGGACUCCAAUCAAGACCUGACAACGACACAAACAACGUGUGUACGAAUGCAAGCGGCAGGGAAGUAUGUGCGAUUGGCUGACCUAGCUGCUGCUCAUGUACGAUGCGAUCAGCCUGGAGAACUUUCGCAAUCAGUGCCCGGGCCUAACCAGAAAAGGAAAGGUGACAAUGGGCGGGCGCCCUUUGCAGACGCGCCGAGUGCCUCCAUCCUACUUCUUGUUCGUUCAUUUCCCAGACUUCUCGGAACUUCUUUUCAUCGGCCAGCUCGAAGUGGUGGAACUUCUCUUGCAGGUCCUCGAAUUGUUUGGUGAGCCUCUUGUACUCCUCGGUCAACUCAAUGUUCUGCUGCCUGCAUCGCAUCGACAGACGGUCAGGCGGUGAAGCUCCAGUAGAGUAGCCACUGUAUGUAGUUACUUGUAUUUGGUGUCCAGCUUUUGAUAGCGUGCGACGAGAUUCGUCCAUGUCUCACGGAGACGGUUCAGCCUGAGACACGGGAAACACAUCAUUAAUGAUGCAUUGCAUCCCGGUAUGUGAUCGAUCGCAGACCUGUUCUUGUACGAAGAUAGGAUGGUGGAAUGUUCCUUGUUCCUCUCAGUCAGCACUUGGAGGUUGUAGUCGAGUUUCUCCUUGUUCAGUUGGUAUGUGGCCACCAUUCUUUCCAGGUGCUGCUCCAGCUCCUGUAUGCUCUUCUCCAGGCUGAUCUUGCUCUUAGUGUAAUCGUCGCUGUCCUGAGUCCGCAACUCAUCCAAACGCUCCUGAAACCUGAAGGUUCGCAUUUGUCUAGACAGUGUCUCGGCUUUCCUGUUCCCUUUGCAUACUCUUUUUCUCUCUUUUGUCUGGCUUCCAUGAAUUCGCUCUCCUCCAUUCGCCGGCGGCGGUCGAAUAGAGAGUCGAUCUCACUCUUGUUGCGCGACUGCAUGCAUCAAAGACCGUCGACACACUCAUGAACUGCUUGUUCGUCCAUGGCUCUCUUGCAUCCUUUUCUUCUCCCUGACCCUCAUCUCUGCUCGCUCUCUGAUGUGGGCCUGCUCGAUCGCAUCCAGCUCGUCUGCAUAGUGCUUCUUGAGGGUCUCGUAUUGGCUCCGCAUCCGCUGCAGAAUCAGCUUCACGGCCUCUUCUUGGCGCCCAAGGGCUACACAGACAUCAUACACAGACACACAGCAUACAGGCAGACAUAUCCAAAUGUGCAACGUUGUCUCACUUUUGACAUAGUCUUCGUCGUAGUUUUUGAGCUCGGUGAGGAACUCUCGAAUGCGCCUGUCUUUGCCGUCGAGGAUGGCCUGGCAGGCGUUCUGCUGCUGGGACAGCUCCUCCUUGAGCUGACUGGGGUGCUUCAUGUCCUCGGACAAAAGGUCUUCCCACCGCAGUUCCACUGCCGCUAUCUUGCGAGCACCCAAUAGGCACUCCUGCUCGAGAGCCUCAGACCUGCACAGAGAGGGGAUGGUGUGGCCGUGAAGGGCCGAGGCACUUGUGCUCUGACCUUUCCAUCCUUGCCGUCUCCUCGAGUAUUCUUCUGGCGUUUUCUUCUUCAUCGCCCUUUUGGCGCACCGCUGUCAGCUCGUCCCAUGUGUCUUUCUUGACCUUCUCGAGCAGCGUGAAGCUGUCGUACACCUGCUGCUUCCCGACGGACAGGGUCUGGGAGGGCCGUUUGCUCCCGCCUGCAGCUGCGGCACUCGGGGACUCGCCCUCGACUUCCGUCGCUGGGGGAGCACACAAAUGACAAAGAAUACCAAGAGAAGCACAAGGUCUUCUUCUGCAGUGCAGGAGGGGGCUCACCUUCCUUCUCUUUCUUGAGUCGCGCCUCAACCCGCUUUCGACGGAUAGCAAUGCGCUCUUCGGCCGUUGUGCCCAGCAUCGUGACAACCGGGAACGCGACAAGAAAGAAGCAGCUUGGAAGCAGCCCUCUUCGCCAACUUGUUUUGUCCCUGCCCCCCGCUUGUUGACAAGCUCGCAAAAAAGAAGGGGGUUCUCCAGGAUGGCUGACACAUUCACAUAACUAGAGUGGAGGAGGGCAGCACUUCUGGUGAGAAAAGAG